AUGGAAAUGGUGAAGCUGGCUCCUCCAGUUGCUGCCAGAAGUCAAGAUUUGCUAGCUUGUGAAACCUGUGGAAGACAUUUUGGACAAGAUGUUCUGUUAAGGCACGAGCCAAUAUGCAGGAAAGUCUUCAACAAAAAGCGCAAACCUUUCAAUUCUUUGAAACAGAGACUGCAGGGAACUGAAAUUCCCUCAGUGAAGAAACAGCCACCACCAAAGAAACAACCAGAAAAGAAAUCUAACUGGAGACAGCUGCAUGAGGACUUUAUUAAUGCUAUUCAGUCAGCUAAGCAAGUCACAAAAGCCAUGAAAGAGGGCCGACCCCUUCCUCCUCCUCCACCUCCAAGCAUCAAUCCAGAUUAUAUUCAGUGUCCUUACUGCUUGAGAAGGUUUAAUGAAGCUGCAGCAGAGAGACACAUCAGUUUUUGCAAAGAACAAGCUACACGACGUGUCUUUGCACCAGGCCAGAAAACAGCCAAACAGGCCCCGGGAAAGCAACAAAUGACUCAAAGGAGAGAGCCAGCCUUAACAAGUGCUGUGGAAUCACUGCUUCAGAACAGAGCCCAAGAAGCUGCCAUUGCAGGACCUGCUGUGCAGUCCUCUGCUGAAAUGCCAGAGAGAACCAAAAAAACAUCUGGUGUGCCCUUUGGAAAAAAUACUUCAGGAGAUUCUCGGUAA